UUGUUUGCGGAAGUUGUGAAGCUGUUACCCUCGCGGCGAGUGUUACUAAAUGUUUUCCUAACAGUAUUACUUUAAACGUUACUAAAUGUACAGAACAACUUCCAGGAGAUGUCAUUUAUCGACGAGGGUACAUUUUACAUAGAGAACAGAUAAAAACAAUUGUGUUCACUGACAUUAAUGUAUUCACGUGUAGCCCGCGUGGGUCAUUCUUCGUCACUGACUGUGUUUUUUAACGUCCAUUCGGUUUAUCUUCAUUGUUUUCAGACAUUUCUAACGUCAGCUGUUUAAUCUGCUAAACCAAAUUUGGACGUCGGCUCACGGCUGAGUCGUUGCCCAGAAAGGUAGCGGGCACUGCGGGCUCACGGUUUGACAUGAACCCACCGAAGCGGCUCUGCUCCACAGAAAAUGCAGAAGCACCGACAGGAGGGCAGGAAGAGGAAAGCAGAGUGAGUAUUGUCAUGCCAAUGUACAAUGCAUCCUGUUGGCUGGAUGAAUGUCUGCAGGCCAUAUUACAUCAAGACUUCACUGGAAUCAUGGAGCUCUCUGUCUUUGACGACGCAAGCACUGACGACUCCAGGACAGUGGUUGAGGGCUGGAGGGAGAGGCUGGAAGCGAGGGGCAUCUCAGUACUGAUCUCCGGCCACAACUCUGCCCAACCCAGAGGAGUGGGAUAUGCAAAGAAUAAGGCAGUAUCUCAGAGCUGUGGCCAAUACUUGUGCUUUCAGGAUGCGGAUGACGUUAUGUGUCCCCAAAGAGUACGUCUGCAGUAUGAAGCAUCUGCCCUCCACCCAAACUCUCUGAUUGGCUGUAAAGUUCGGAGGCUUCCCGAGGGAUCUACCGAGCGUUACACACGCUGGAUCAACACCAUCACUCAGGAUCAGCUCAUCACACAGGUUUACACGUCUCAUGGGCCCACAGUCGUCAUGCCGACGUGGUUCUGCUCAAGGCACUGGUACCUGAAGGUUGGACCGUUUGAUGAGGGAGGCAAGGGAGUGCCGGAGGACUUGCUCUUCUUCUACCAGAGUCUUCGUCAGGGAGGGGGCGUGGCCAGAGUCGACCGGUGCCUGCUGGUGUACCGUUACCACGAGAAGGCCACCACGCACUCUGUAACAGAGGAAACCAUUUGGAAGCUGCGCGUGGACUUCCUGCAGGAGAGAGUUCUAAACCAAUGGGAGAGCUGCACCAUAUGGAACGCCGGGAAACAGGGCCGGAAGCUGUACCGAAGCCUGAGCCCGACCAAUCAGAAGAAGGUCAAGGCUUUCUGUGAUGUCGAUGAGAACAAGAUCCAGAAAGGCUUUUACACAUACGAGGAAUCCAAGCAAAGACCCAAGCCAAAAAUCCCAGUUCUGCACUACAAAGACGCCUCCGCCCCGUUCAUUAUCUGUGUUAAACUGGACAUGACAGAAGGCGUUCUGGAGGGAAACCUCAGCUCUUUGCAGCUAAAGGAAGGAACAGAUUACUACCAUUUCAACUGAUCGCUCAGAGUGACGGAGACGUCAAGAGGAGCCCUGCGGCUUUACGGGCUAAGAGGAAUGCACACAAACUGAGGGAUAGGCAGGUGAUAAGAACAGAGUGAACUGAACACUGAGACAGAGUCGAUGACAAAACCAAGACCAGGGAAAGAGUAAGUUAUAAUUCAUUGUAAGUGCCAAAAGACACUUUUUACGUAUGUUAAUCGAAAGUUAUCAAAGUAUUACUCAGCAAAGUUGAUGGAAGUGCUGAUAAAAGCACAACAGUUACACCCCAGCCCGGUUUCCCGCCCGGUACAGACCAAGACCAAUUACACUUUCAUAUCUGUUCAUUAAAUAUAAAGCUUCAGCCAGGAGGCGCAUGGUAGUCUACUUUGUUUUGGUACCACCUCGGUCGAGGUUCCAAAGUGAACUGAGCCGAUAUUAUAAAUUGAGGUUAUAACACGGCGAUGGAGAGAUCCAUCACUAUUGCAACAUGGGACAUCCUGCACUAACCUGCCAUUCUUAAUUUGCCAGGAUAUCCUCAAUAGCGAUCACAUUUAAAAACAUUCUCUUGACCCAGAUUUUAAAUAAUGUCAACCCGCAAAAACCAGUCAGCAAAGAGUCCCGCCUACAUUGACAGGGUACUAUCGGCAGUGGAAAAGGAAGUUGAGAAAAACCCCUGGUAACAAAAGGGAGUCGAGUUGAGCCGAACCUCGCAGUGCAAGCAUAUUCUUACUUGUCAUAUCACGUUUUUUAUAUUCUUACGAAAACAUAAAUGAAAGAGGCAUAUUACACACAAAUGUUUCGGACUAUUUCUUGGUCAAACGCAAUUUUUACAGUUUCUGUACAAAUCAAACAAACUAAAUAUAACAGGUGAAUUAGUGAUCUCUAGAUGUUGUGCCCUGUAGAUUGAGGCUAUUCUUUUCCCCCUGUUUCCAGUCUGUGUGCUAAACUAAGCUGACUGUCUCCUGGCUGUAGCUUUAUAUUCAACUGACAGAUAAGUUAGAGAGAAAACAUUUUCCUAAAAGAGAGAAAAAUAUCAAACUAUUCCUUUAACAAGCUUGAACAUGGGUGUGCGUGCUCAUAGAAGUAUGGAGGGGUGAUUUGGUAAAGAAGAGGCCCUUGUGUUUUACUCUUCGGAGGACAUCUAUUUAUCAUGCAAGAGGACAUGACUAUUUGCCGAUGUUGGCCAUUGGAGGAAUAAAAUGUUAUUAUGUUUUCUAA